CAGUCCCAGUCGGAGAGGCCGGAGCUGGGGGCCUCAGCCCUCAGCCGUCAGAACAGCAACUCCCCAGCCAGCUGCCUGUGUGGGCCGCGUAUGAGGUAUGUGACCAUGUGGCGGCAUGGCGCGGACGGAGAUGCAGAUCUUCGUCAAGACCCUGACUGGCAAGAGCAUCACCCUCGAGGUUGAGAGCUCGGACACCAUCGACAAUGUCAAGGCUAAGAAUAAGAUCCAGGACAAGGAGGGCAUUCCUCCGGACCAGCAGCGCCUCAUCUUCGCCGGCAAGCAGCUGGAGGAUGGCCGCACCUUGGCCGACUACAACAUCCAGAAGGAGUCCACCCUCCACCUUGUCCUCCGCCUCCGUGGUGGUCAGUGAUCUGAUCUGAUCUGGUCGGAUCGCCAGGGAACUGCUUGAGUGUCCUGCCGUCUGUCAUUUCAGUCUUCAUCCUAGGUCGUUUGUUUUGUGUAGCCUUCCCAUCUUAUCUUCUUAGGUUGUUUCUUCGCUCUGUGAGGCCUGCCAGUGUUUAUCUUAGAUUGUUUCGUUUUGUUCUUCAGAAUGUGGGGUCGUGGUUGUGUUUAUGAGUACGUAACGCAGUACGUAUUUUGUUGAAACAAUUUGGAGCAAUAUUCUAAGUCUGGUUUGGCAUAAAUAAUUCUUCUGUA